UCUGUUUCUCUUCCUGUUUACGCAGAUCAACCCGCAAACUCGGCUAAAGUUUGACCGUCCGACCAGCAGCUCUGACACCUGCAUGUAUUUCUGUACUCUAAAGACCUUUAGUGCACCGCAGAGGACAGACUAGCACCGGUAUGGAGUGGUCUGUCACGUUGCUUUUAGCGGGGCUCAUCACUGCUUUGCUUUGGCUGUUCAGACUGCGGAGCCGUAGACGCGUUUGUUUACCUCCAGGACCGUCCGGUCUACCGAUCAUAGGAAACCUGCUCCAGCUGGACAAAAGAGCUCCGUUCAAAACUAUGCUGAAGCUCAGUAAAAGCUAUGGCCCCGUGAUGACUGUGUACCUGGGCUCUCAGCGCGCUGUGGUCCUGGUGGGGUAUGACGCUGUGAAGGAGGCACUGGUGGACCAGGCAGAUGACUUCACUGGCAGAGGACCUAUUCCUUUCUUAAUGAGGGUUACCAGUGGCUAUGGCUUGGCGAUCAGCAACGGAGAGCGCUGGCGGCAGUUGCGGCGCUUCACCCUGAUGACGCUGAGAGACUUCGGGAUGGGACGCAAGGGGAUGGAAGAGUGGAUCCAGGAGGAGAGUACACACCUGUUGGCCCGCAUAGAUGACACCAAAGCUACACCUUUCGAUCCCACCUACUUCAUGAGCUGCACCGUGUCCAACGUGAUCUGCUGCUUGGUGUUCGGCCAACGCUUCAGCUACGACGACCAGCACUUCCUGUCCCUCCUGCAGAUAAUCAAUGAGACCCUGAGGUUCAGCAGCAGUCCCUUUGGUCAGCUCUACAAUAUCUUCCCUCGGUUGAUGGAGCGGCUGCCGGGUCGACACCACAAAGUUUUCGCCAGAAUUGAAAAGCUGAAGGAGUUCAUAAUCAAAAAGAUCCAGGAGCACCAGGACACACUGGAGCCCGGAUCACCCAGAGACUACAUCGACUGCUUCCUCACUCGACUCAAUCAGGAGAAAGACAUUCCCACAAGCGAGUUCCACUAUAACAACCUGGUGGCAACGGUGCUGAAUCUCUACCUGGCAGGAACCGAAACCACCAGCUCCACUCUCAGAUUUGCACUGAAUGUGCUGAUCAAGUACCCCAAAAUACAGGAGAACAUGCAGCAAGAGAUCGACACUGUGAUUGGACGGCAGCGUUGUCCUUACAUGGAGGACAAGAAGUCCCUCCCCUUUACGGACGCAGUCCUCCAUGAAAUCCAGCGUCUCAUGGAUAUCGUCCCCAUGAACAUCCCCCACUACGCCCUCCAGGACAUCUCGUUCAGGGGUUACACAAUUCCCAAGGCUACGUUCAUCAUCCCCUUGUUGCACUCUGUGCUGAAAGAGGAGAAACAGUGGGAGACCCCUUGGUCCUUCAACCCGCAGCACUUCCUGGAACAGAAAGGCAACUUUAAGCAAAACCCUGCUUUCAUGCCAUUCUCUGCAGGAAAGAGGGCUUGUGUCGGAGAGUCCCUGGCUCGCAUGGAGCUCUUCCUCUUCCUGGCGUCACUCCUGCAGCGCUUCACCUUCUCUUGCCCCGGAGGACCCAACAGUGUGGAUCUGAGCCCCGAAUACAGCAGCUUCGCCAACCUGCCUCGCAGGUACGAGAUCAUCGCGACUCCCCGGCGCUAAUGGUAUUUUGAUAUGAGUUCUCUGUCCUGUAACUCUGAGGUUUGCCAUGUACACAGCCGAUAAAUGCUGAGUUCAAUGGUCUUUAGAUUGAACUCCCCCUGCACAGAGUGGUUUCAGUGGUGCCAAAGCAAAAAAAAAAAAACAGGAAUUAUUAUUAUUUUUGUCAUGUGAGUUUCCUGGGCUCUUGCCAAUAAAUAUUUUGAGGGUAACAUUUAAGACGGUGCCUUGUUGAACGAGUUAACCUAAUCUAUACUUGCCUGCUCACAUCAUGUUUACACAUAUUCUGUCAACAUGUCCAGUGCUUGUAUUGUAGCGUCAUAAUAUUAUUCCAAAAUUAUGAACAUCUUUGUCAUCUUCUCAAGAUUCUCCGUUAAUAAUCUCAAAUGUUUUAGCUUCAACCGAGGAUUAAAGCUUUUACUAAAUGUUAAAAAAAAAAUGUAUACCAAAGAUUUUAUGUCACAGUGGUGUUUCUCUUUUGCUGGACGCCGUCAGAAUACACAGUGCACAUAAAGAUUAGUAAUAAUCUAAAAUGAUCCCAAGGAGCAGAUUGUUCAGAGAUGCACUCAACUCGCACCACAUUGCUGCAGUAAAGUCCACUUUGCACUCUGUUCCUCGGACAUGUGGCACAUUUUGCCACAAGAGGGCACUUGUUCAACAGUUAUCACUGUGUUGACACAUCUUGAGAUCUUCCAAAGUGCCUCUUCUGGUGUUGAUUUAAAGAGUUGAUUUGGGCCUUUUCUUUAUUAGGUUUUCUCACUCUUUGCUAGGUUGCUUUUGCGGGAAAAAAAUUAUGAAUCGCAUUAUAAAAACCUAAAAAUAAUUAGUUUACAAAUUGAUAAACAAUAAAUACUGGAUGUUUCGUCCACAUCGGUCAUCCGGUGACUGACCGCGGCGUCAGCCUGUCGGUGUGUUGAUGCAUAUUCCAGCGUAUCUCUGGCUUGUGUCAGAGCAACAGUGGGAUGGACGAUGUCAUAAGUGGGGGGUCGUUGUCAAACACUGAGGCUCCGAUAACUAUCAUGGCAGGUUUUAUUAAACGCUGAUAAGACCCAGGAACUAACACAUCCGGUACACAGCAUUAUAUGUGGAACUGUGUUAUGUAGUCGGUACUUUUUUAAUGUUUUUUCUAACACAAAUGUACGUGUGUACUUUAACCAUGAGCUAACAAAUGCUUUUAUUCACUCUGUAUUUUUUAUAAAUAAAAUGUAUCAGGAAAUAAACAUUAUUAUAAAGUGAA